AUGAGCGACAUCCCGGACACGCUAGACACAGACUCCGACGAGGGCUCGGAGCCCAUGAAGGUCACGCUGGCCAACUGGGUCGAGUUCCUAGACCCGCUCUCCUUCACGGCGCAAUCGCAGUACCUGCCCCGGAAGUACCUCACGCGGGCGCGCCGCAGGCUCAAGAGCGCCCGCCCGCGCCAGAAGCUCAACCAGCUCAAAACCACGGCCCAGGACCUCACGCCCCAGCUCGAGGACUUCAAGCGCCGCACCAUCGAGCGCCUCCACUCCCUGGACAGGCCGCUGGAGUCGCUCUUCUUCCACAACAGCUCCCGUCUUGAGAAGUGGUUCUACCCGUUCACGCUCUUCCACAUCUUCGCCAUCGGCUUCAUCAUCGGCAAAUAUCCCAGCUGGUUCCACGUCUACUACACGGGCAUGCUGGUGCUGCUGAUGCCCGUGCGCUUCUACACCUACUACAAGACGAACAACCACUACUACAUGGCGGACCUGUGCUACUACGUCAACCUCAUGGUGCUGCUCUUCGUCUGGGUCUGGCCCGACUCCGUCCACCUCUACCAGUCCUGCUUCGCCUUCACCUUCGGCACCCUCAGCUUCGCCGUGAUCACCUGGAGAAACUCCCUCGUCAUCCACUCCGUCGAUAAGAUUACCUCUUGCUUUAUACACAUCAUGCCGCCCCUCACCAUGUACACCAUCCACCAUGGCCUCGGAGAGGACUUGAAGCGCGCCCGUUUCCCCGCCGCAUCCCUGGCGGGCUCCAAAAAGUGGAAUCUGAAAUACAACAUCUUCUGGACCUCGUUGUACUACCUUCUGUGGCAGAGCGCCUACCACUACUUCAUAACCUUGCGCAAGUCUUCCAAGAUCAAGUCCGGCCAAAGGGCCACCAGCUUCGAGUACCUGACCACCCACCAGUUCAAGAACUUCUGGGCCGCCAAGCUACCCGAGCCAUGGCCUAUGUUUUUCUACAUUCUGUUCCAGUACUGCUACCAGCUCGGCACUAUGAUGCUGUGCGGUAUCUGGUUCAAUUACAGAGGGGCAGCAGGCGCGUUCCUGACCUUUAUUUACCUGUGCGCUGCAAAGAACGGAGCCACAUACUACAUUGACUACUACGGCAAAAAGUUCGAGAAGGAGGUCGCCAAGUUGAAGUCAGAGGUCGAAGACCUGCAGCAGCAGCUCAGCCAAAAGGCCAACUCAAGCAGCAACAACUACUCAGGCGUUCUUGAAUGA